CCAUUUGCUGCCUUUUACAAUGACCAGCAGCUUUUCCCAGCUGCUAGAGGGGAACCUUUUCACAUGAAGCCCAGUUCUACGGCAACACCAUGACCAGCAACAAUAGUCCCGAGGAACCACUUUCCACAACAACUGUUAGUUCAGUUCUGGUUGAGGCCGGGGAUUGCAGAAUUGUCAUCGCCCUUCUUAAGUGUGGCAAAUGGGUACAGCUGCAGCUAGUUGAAUCAGUACCAAAUUUAUUAGAAAUUGGCAGCAAUGAAGAAGAGACCAAAAAAUUAUUACAUGAUCAUGAACUUCUCCUGGCUAAGCUUAAGCCCUUAGAAGGCCACGUUUGGGAUCUCUUACGGGAAGCCGACAAGACAGCAGCGGAACAUCAAGAUGAAGAGCAGUUGUACGAAGCCAUGGCGGAGUCUCUAGGAGAUGCCUGGGACUCCCUGACGAUUGUUCUCGAGAAGCGGAGGACGCUGUUAAAACUGAGUUUAGAUUUCUUUGCAAAUGCUCUCGAGUUUGCGGCUAAAAUUGACCAAGUUGAAGAUUUUCUGCAGUAUUCUCAAGAGUUUGAAAAUCCCGAAUCUCUGAAAGAACUCUUGCAUCAGCACAAACUUCAUACAAAAGAGCUGCUGGAAAAAUCAUUGAGACUCUUAAACAAAAGCCAUGAACUAACUGAAUUCAUACAGGGAUUGAAAUCUGAUGGGCCGAAUAUAAAUCCAGAAUUCAUUCAGGGAGCCCACAAUAGUUGUUUGAAAAUUGACAUUCUCCUUGAAGUUCUGCAAGAUAGGAGGAGACAGCUGGACAAAUACUUGAAGCUGCAGGGUGAAGGACUAGAACAAGUUUUGCAAAUCUGUCAAUGGCAUUACCAGGAGAACCAG